AGGAAGGGGCUGUGUGAUGUCACCAGGAGGCUCAGCCUCACUCCCUGACCCCUGCACAAUGCUCAGCAGGGCUGGAUCACAGACAGAAGCCUCAGACAGCUUAGCUAUUGUUCUGUGAGAAGAGACACAAACAGACACUAUUACAGGCACUUACACAGCCACACACACUAUCACACCCACAGGCAGGAUCACUGAGGGACGCACUGCCAGGAUCACAGGCACCACUGGACCAGCCAGGAUAUGUCUGGGAAGAGGAUGGUAUCUUCUGUGCAGAUCACACUUUCUCCUCCCUGGAGAGCAGAAACGUCUCAUAGGACCCAGCAGGCAGACCCUGUACUUAAUACACAAGAACAGCGCACAGAGUCUCUGAAGAGACAGUCAAACCCUCUUCCACCAAUGCCACCCCCACCAUCUGACGACACCUGGCCAAAGAACCCUGAGUUUCUCAAUGGAGAUACCAGGUCAUUCACACACUCCUUCUUGGAUGACAUCCCUACCGAGGAGGAUUUAUUGAGCCCAGAUAUUCUUCCACCACCCCCACCGCCUCCAGUUUUGAUGAAGACACCUAAACAUACGCUGCCCCCUCCUCCCCCUGAGCCCCCUCUGGACUCACUCAGUUUAGAGCUGGAGAAACUGGACUUGGUCCAUAAUUCCAUAAAACAGAAGACAAAAUCUGUGCCACCAACAGCACCAAGUUCACUCAAAAACUCUACUAAUCUCUCCAGCCAGCAGAGAAGGGAGGACCAAGUAGGCCCCAAACAGAGCCUGAAUGGGAUUAGCGGGAAGCACAGCCAAUCAGAUAUAUGUGCCUUUUGUCACAAAGCCAUAUUACCCAAUGUCCCCACCAUCGAAGCAAUGAAGAAACAAUAUCAUGCAGACUGCUUCACAUGCAGAAAGUGUCACCGCCUGCUGGCCGGACAGCUGUACUACCAGAAGGACAAUCAGCCUAUCUGUGAGCAUUGUUACAAGGACACACUAGAAAAGUGUGCAAAGUGCCAGACGCUGAUACUACAGCAUAUUGUGCGAGCUAUGGGCAGCGUUUAUCACCCGGAAUGUUUUACGUGUGUAGUCUGUCACAGGCGGAUAGCAGAUGAGAGCUUUGCUGUUGAUGAAUAUAAUGAAGUGCACUGUGCGGACGAUUACUAUAGGAAAUAUGCCCCGAUUUGUAGUGUGUGUGACCAACCAAUUAUCCCUAGAGACGGGCAGGACUCGUACAAGAUAGAAUGUCUGGGACGUAAUUUCCAUGAGAAUUGUUAUCGUUGUGAGAAGUGUCACGUGACCCUGUCCCUGGAGCCCACAGAGAACGGAUGUUAUCCACUAAAUGACUACAUGCUAUGCAAGUCCUGCCACCUCUCAUGGAAGGAUCAACUUUCUUAAGGAACUCAAGCAGCCAUUCAGAGAAACUCACCACAUCUGCUCAUCAAGGCUUCACAAUGCAUAAAUUAUUGUCCUCAGCAAACUCAUACCAAGGUCCAUACACAGCAUGGCGUGUGAUGGUACCUGCUGGCUACAAAAGACAUAUUUCUGCCAAUGACUAUCACCCUAGUUACUGCAUAGAUCUAAACAGACUUCAACAGUUGGAAUUAAGACCUUCUAGGACAUUAAUAACCAUUUCUCUGCUGGAUUAGUAGCUCCUGGCAGUGAUGAGGGAUAAUAUUGUGUCACAACUGGAUUGCUAUUUGUGCAAAAACUACUCACAACUUCACACAAAAUAGAACUUGUAUGAAACUGCUCCCUGUAAAGUGCUCUAGUCUAGGCAUUAUCUGAAAGCUACACUGAUAAAACCGCAUGCCACAGAUUAACUUGCCUUGUGGCGCCCACUCAGUGUCUGGAUAUUUUAUUGCUACAACAUGCCAAGGUAAACAAGAUAUGGAGGUGGUUGUGACAUUUACCCAACGCGGCCAGAGCUGCCUGCUGAUUCACUGAAUACCUUCUCCCAGAUCACUCACCAGCUAUUUUUACUGGGAAACUGGAUGCAAACAACAAAAAAUAAUGGCAAUAUUGGAACUAAUCUAUGUUUUUAUUGUAUAUUAAUACUGUUUCAAGUAUAAGCCACUCUGUAUUAAAGGACUCCUGUGAAUUCAGAACCCCCAUGCAAACCUGAAAAGACAAACAUAUGGUGUUACAGCUCAUUGUAGCAAACAGAGAAUGUCAAAAGCUAAUGAAAAUGUGCAAUUUAUUUAAUGUGAUGGCAAAAAAAUAAUUUGAUUGUCUUCACAAUCCUUGUGCCAAAGAGCCCAAAUGCUGGGCAAAAGGAUGUUUAAUGUAUAUAAAGCUGUGGAUUACAUAUAAGCAAUCAGUGAAUGUUACAGGACACAUUGUUCCUUGGGGGCGGGUCAUAUUAGUUGAGCAGUAGUGAGAAUGCGUAGGUACUUUGUUUUUAUUCGUUCAGUGCUCUCUUCAGGAACAGGAUUAUUGGCCAGUUUAAAGCUAAGUACUAGAAAUCAAAUUAGUCUCAAAUAUAAGAGAAAUAAUAAUAAAAUAGAUCAUAUUAUGCCAGUUUUGUAUAAGACAGAAGGUGUAAAAAAAAAUUAUAUCAUAUGUUAUCAGUCUAAAAAUAAUCAAGAUGGCGCACUAUAGUAUUUGAGCAAUGUACUCUGAGCUGUGAUAUUGAUCAUUUAUUAUGGAUGAAAGAAAGGGACGGUAUGAUUUUCUGAAGUUUAUAAAACAGUUGAUGAGUGUGAUUAUGCAUAAAGGGGCAGAAAUAUGCAUACUUGUCUGUCUUUGCAGAUUUUUACCCUGUAGAAGAAAGAACAACACGCAUGAGCAUUACAACUGAGGUGAUUACAGUUAAUCUCUUUUUAUUAGUGACAGUUUCAAUAAACUUUAUUAUUUUAUGACUUUGAACAA